AUGGCUCCAUCUCUGGAGGAAAGGCCGGAUGCUGUGCAAGACGUCCUCUCGAAUCCUCUCAAAAAUGCUCCCAAACUUGUCGCCCCAGAACCCGAACAUUGUCCUGGUCCAGAAUCCGAAGCUGCGGGAAAAGCAGAUUCUUGCGCCGGCUGUCCCAACCAAGCCAUAUGCGCAUCUGCACCCAAAGGACCCGAUCCAGAUAUUCCAGCUAUAACUGCACGCCUCGCUGGUAUCAAACAUAAAGUCUUGAUUCUGUCGGGGAAGGGUGGUGUAGGGAAAAGCACAUUUACAAGUUUACUUGCACAUGCAUUCGCCACAAAUGAAGACAACACGGUAGGAAUUAUGGAUACCGAUAUUUGUGGACCGAGUAUACCCAAGAUGAUGGGAGUAGAAACGGAGCAGAUACAUGUUAGUGGUGCAGGUUGGAGUCCAGUAUGGGUUAUGGAGAAUUUGGGUGUGAUGAGUGUGCAGUUUAUGUUACCCAAUCGAGACGAUGCCGUGAUAUGGAGAGGACCGAAGAAAAAUGGAUUGAUCAAGCAAUUUUUAAAGGAUGUAGAGUGGGGAGAGAUGGAUUUCUUAUUGGUAGACACACCUCCAGGAACCAGUGAUGAACAUCUGAGUGUGAAUUCAUUCCUCAAGGAGAGUGGCGUGGAUGGGGCUUUGGUAGUUACAACGCCACAGGAAGUUUCACUGUUAGAUGUCAGGAAAGAAAUCGACUUUUGUCGGAAGGCGGGGAUCAAGGUAUUGGGGAUCGUAGAAAACAUGUCAGGAUUCGUCUGCCCGAAAUGCACACACGAAAGUCAAAUCUUCCAAGCAACAACGGGAGGAGCGAGAGCUUUGGCUGAAGAGAUGAACAUUCCGUUCUUAGGAGCUGUACCACUGGAUCCUCGAAUUGGGAUGUCGUGCGAUUAUGGCGAGAGCUUUUUCGAUGCUUGGCCUGAUAGUCCAGCCUGCACGGCAUUGAAGACUGUAGUUAGAAAACUUGGUCAAGAAAUUGGGCUCGAUCCCAAGAGCAUACUGCCUGAAGAUUGA